CUCAUUUUCAAAAACGCAAGCUUUCCCCCUUCACGAAAUCAAGGAACCGUCACCAAAGAUUCAAGAUUGAAGAAGCCCAUGUAGCCGUCGGCAAGAAUGGAGUGGGACGCCAUGUACUAUUAAAAUACUUAAAUGAUAUUUUCCUUAAUAUUCAGACCACCUAAUUAGAUGGGCGUAUUUAAGACAACCAACCACAUGGUCCGAUUGAGCGCCAGCUCUUGCCCUUGCUCUGCCUAUUCACCUGUCCGAUUUUUGCAUUCUUUGACUUCUUUUCCUCUUAAAGUUUCAAACUUUUCCUCUCAGGCUCGCUUGCUUUCUUCUGAUACACGUAAUAGUAUAGUCAUGGAGCUGGUCAAGAAAGUUGCCCAUAGAGGAUCUACAGCUCCAGAUAGUAUUGCAAUAAGAUCUGAUCAAAAAAGCCAUACUUAUCAUCAGCUGGUUGAAUCUGCUAAGAACAUAUCUAACUUGUUAUCCAGUGCUGAUUUAAAAACUGUCAAUAGCCCUGGGAAAAACAACCAUUUUGCUGGAGCUAGGGUUGGAAUUGUUGCUAAACCUUCUCCCGAGUUUGUUGCUGGAGUGCUUGGAACAUGGUUCAGUGGAGGUGUUGCGGUUCCCCUUGCACUCAGCUACCCGGAAGCAGAGCUUCUGCAUGUGAUGAAUGAUGCGGAUAUUACCAUGAUUCUGAGUACUGAAGAUCAUCACGAACUAAUGAAAGCUGUUGCAGCCAAGACGUCUUCUCAAUUAUCUCUCCUUCCUCCUGUUUCAUCAACUGGAGUUGAUCGCACAAAUUCACAGGAAACUGAAGUUUCUCAGGCGAUUAGUGGAGAUGAUCCUGCGUUGAUCAUUUAUACAAGUGGCACGACAGGAAAGCCUAAAGGAGUUGUGCACACACACGAAGGUAUAUUAGCACAGGUCCAAAUGCUAUCAGAUGCUUGGGGAUACACAUCCGACGAUCAAUUCUUGCACUGCCUUCCACUACAUCAUGUGCACGGACUGUUUAACGCGCUGCUUGCUCCUCUGUAUGCUGGUUCAUUGGUUGAAUUCAUGCCGAAAUUCAGUGUAAGGGGAAUCUGGCAGAGAUGGCGAGAAUCUCACCUAGAUGACCAAACGAAAGCUGAAGGUGCUAUAACUGUGUUCACCGGAGUUCCAACUAUGUACACACGUUUAAUACAAGGGUAUGAAUCGAUGGAUCCCGAACUACAAACUGCUUCUGCUACAGCUGCAAGAAAGUUGCGUCUCAUGAUGUGUGGCUCGUCUGCUCUCCCUCUUCCAGUUAUGCAACAGUGGGAAUCUAUCACCGGGCACCGCCUUCUGGAACGGUACGGCAUGACAGAGUUUGUCAUGGCACUAUCGAAUCCCCUACAUGGCAAGCGGAAGGGGGCUACAGUCGGCAAGCCACUUCCCGGUGUGCAGGCCAAGAUCCUUGCAGAAGAUGGUAGUACAGACGCUGAGGUUGGCGAGCUUUACAUUAAAAGUCCUUCAUUGUUCAAGGAAUAUUGGAAGCUGCCCGAGGUGACUAAGGAGUCGUUUAUUGAUGGUGGUUUCUUCAAAACUGGAGAUGCCGCCAGAAUCGAUGAAGAUGGAUACUAUGUCAUCUUGGGACGUACUAAUGCUGAUAUUAUGAAGGUUGGUGGCUACAAAUUAUCUGCUCUAGAAAUCGAGGCAGUUCUUUUAGAGCAUCCAACUAUUUCAGAGUGUUGUGUGUUGGGGUUGCCCGACAAAGCCUAUGGGGAAGCUGUAACGGCUAUCGUUAUACCUGAUUCAGAGAUUAAAAGAAAACGAGACGAGGAGUUGAAGCCGGCUCUAUCUCUUGAAGAACUGUCCACAUGGGCAAAAGAGAAACUCGCACCGUAUAAGAUACCGACUCGUCUGUUGCUGUGGGAAUCGCUGCCUCGCAAUGCUAUGGGAAAGGUGAACAAGAAGGAGCUCAAGAAAAAGCUGGCUGAUCAGUGCUGAAAAGGGAAGAAAAUUCCAGGGAUGUCAAACGGGCUAACCCAUGCUGCUAUUGCGUGUCUCAAGCCGGAAAUAACGCCAGUGCUUAUCCGAAUUUGCAAGUUAUAUGUGGCUUUUUUAGAAAUGUUGCAAUUACAACACUAUUUUUUUUUUUUUUCCAAUUAUGAUAUUCCUGAUUUUCAGUACGGUAGGAUUGACGUGUAUUCCAAGGGUGCAUUUGAUUCUAAAAUUUUUAUUGGAAAAGAAUAAAAAAAGAUGAGAAAAAUAUUUUCACA